AUGGCUCCUUUGGCAGAGCCCCAGCCAAUGAGCGAAAGCAUCAGUCAGGUUCACUACCCCAACCUGACCGACGAGAGUCUACGAGACCUGAAAGAGCAUCGGUGCCCAAACAACUUCAAGACUUCAGGUGUUCGUCUGGAAACAUUUCUCUUCGACGAGCAUCUGGACAGCAGCUCGCCGGCCCCGCGGGGCGCCCUCCCCGGACGUAGGGGGCGCGCGGGGGCCACGGGGGACCUCGCCCCACCCCCGGCGCGCUCGCGGGGUGGGGGGGCAUCUCUGUGGGACCGGGAAGGAACCUCCGGGAAGGUAGUAGACCCCCAGCCCAGCCCGCCGCCGCUGCGGCUGACGCGGAGACCUCCGGGCGCCCAGCUCCCCCGGGCGGACGCGGACGGUGAAGCCAGAGCUAACCGCUGGGUCCCCGCAGGUCCGGGGUGCGGCGUCGGGGAGGGGGACAGAGAAGCGAACCAGGCUCUCGGCUCCCCACCUCUGGGCCCCGCCCCACAGCCCCGCCCACCGCGGCUCCGCCAACCGCCGGUCCUCCCCUGGCGUCGAGGGGCGUGGCCCACAGCCCCGCCCACCGCGGCUCCGCCAACCGCCAGUCCCCCUCGGGCUCCUCGGGGGCGUGGCCAGAUGCGGGGGCCCGCAGCCAGCGCCGACGCCGAGCUGAGCGCCCAGCUGAGCCGACGGCUGGACAUCAACGAGGGCGCGGCGCGACCCCGCCGCCGCAGCCGCGUCUUCAACCCUUACACUGAGUUCCCGGAGUUCAGCCGCCGCCUCAUCAAGGACCUGGAGAGCGUGUUCAAACGGUAUGACGCUGGACGGGAUGGUUUCAUCGACCUGAUGGAGUUGAAGCUGAUGAUGGAGAAGCUGGGGGCCCCGCAGACUCACCUGGGCCUGAAGAGCAUGAUCAAGGAGGUGGAUGAGGACUUUGAUGGCAAGCUCAGCUUCCGGGAGUUCCUGCUCAUUUUCCACAAGGCUGCAGCCGGAGAGCUGCGGGAAGACAGCGGGCUCCUGGCCCUGGCCAAGCUCUCCGAGAUAAAUGUUGCCCUGGAAGGUGUCAAAGGUGCCAAGGACUUCUUCGAAGCCAAGGCCCAGGCCUUGUCAUCCUCCAGUAAAUUUGAAGCAGAGUUAAAAGCUGAGCAAGAAGAACGGAAGCGGGAGGAGGAGGAGAGGCGGCUACGCCGAGCGGCCUUCAAGGAGCUCAAGGCUGCCUUCAGCACAUAAUGCUACCAACCUUGACCGAUAACCACGCUGUGCCCUGCAGUCUCCCAGGGAAAGAGGACCCCUGCCAGUCCCCCCUCUUAUGCCUCCUCCCCUACUCCAAGGACCCCUAGAUCUUCCUCCUUAGCUUCUCAGGGGUGGCCAGAGGCUACAUUGAAGUUUCCCAGUGCCUUGGCCCUUCCUUUCAAAGGCUUACUCCUCUGUCCUGCUCUCUAGCCAGGACCUGCCUUUUCUUGGCCACCUACACUUUUUUUCCCUCAACCCUUUCGUGGUUUCUGGUCAACCAGUAAUCUGUUGGGUUCAUUUGUACAGAUUUUCUUUCUUUCGUGGUCCUCAGCGCACAUGGUGCCCUUUCCUUGGGCUGUCUCUGUGCUUCUCCUUUUGUUCUCUUUUUGGUCAGUCUGCCAGCUGCUUCGGUUCUGUCUUCUGUGAUGCUGGUGGGAGGCGUGGGGGGCGGGGCAUGACCCAUCCCCAACUCCAUUAGGUGGAGGAAGUGCCCCUCAGUCCUGUCAUCUCUCCUUCCCUCUCCUCCAUGUCUUCCCAUUCAGCACUUGUCUUCCAUUCCUAAAUACUGCGCUACAGAACUGUAACAAUGAAUCAUGAGAAGUAAGAGACCGAAGCAGAAAGGUUCAUGUUAACUCUGGUCCUAUACAAAUAUCCCCUGGGCCCUUGGUGUUCCCAGGUGACGUCCCAAGUGAUGGCCAUGCGGACCCCCCCGCCUGUCCCCAGCAUCUGCUCCAGGCGGUGAGGCAAGGCCAUUCCCACCCACAGGUUGGCGUGUUGUAAGUUCUUGGGAUUGCUCAGACAUACUUGGAGUUUGUUGAGUGAUUUUUUUUUAAAAGAAAUUUCUAAUACCAGAUUUGUUACUUCUCUUUUGUAACCGCUGUAUUUACAAUAAAGAAAUCAUCUGUCUUUCUACCUUAACCUGUUUGGUUUUCAAUAAACUGUGCAAAUGAACUUGGCCAUCCA